GUUGGUGACCGAAGUAAUGGGAGAAUUUUGGGCCUUGCUUGUUUCUGUGCUGACUGUCUGGCUUACCCAAUGUUCUGGGUUGCCGGUUGGUGGCAUAAAUGAAAUGAGUGGUAAUGGGCCGCAGGGGACAACGAGAGAUCUGUCUCCUAAUGACCCCUCCAUUAAGAAGUCACUUCCGCUUCACCAUUCACACAACUCUGUUGCUGUGGUCAAACGGAGUCCAACUGGAAACAUAUGGAGUGGAAGACGACGGCACCAUCAAUGGCACCCUGGGUGACGACGGCACCCUGAGUGAUGACUGGAGCAAUAGAACCCUAGGUGAUGCAGGCACCCUGAGCGACUACUGGCGGAACGGAACUUUGGGCGACGACGGCACCAUCAACGGCACCCUUGGUGAUGCAGGCACCCAUGGCGACGGGGGGAGCAAUGGCACGUUGGGCGACGACGGCACCAUCAAUGGCACCCUUAGUGAUGCAGGCACCCUUGGCGACGGUGGGAGCAAUGGCACGUUUGGCGACGACUGCACGUUUGGCAACGACGGCACCAUCGAUGGCACGUUUGGCGACGACUGGAGCAACGGAACCCUGGGCCAUGCAAGCCCCCUGAGCGACUACUGGUGCAACGGAACGUUGGGCGCCGACGGCAUCCUUGGAGACGGCGGGAGGAAUGGCACCCUGGGUGACGACGGCACCAUCAACGGCACCUUGGGCGGUGGUGCAUUGCGUUAGUUUGUCUUAAGCUGUUCCUGCUUAUACCUAAAUAAAAACCA